GCUGAAGUGAAAGUAAAUGAGAGAAGCAGAGGACUGCACAAACGUUCUCUUGCUCUUCACAAAACAUUCUACACAGCUGCACAGAGACACCAUUUUGUCGUAAAAGAAGAAAAGUACAUAUAUAAUCAGAUAUGGCGUCCUCAAACAUUUUGCUGCCAGAGGAGCAGUUCCAGUGCUCUAUCUGUCUGGAGGUUCUCACUGAUCCGAUCACCACUCCAUGUGGACACAACUUCUGCCAGGCCUGUAUCAGCGGGUACUGGAAAAGCACUGAACAGUGCCGGUGUCCAAUGUGUAAGGAGACAUUUGACAAAAAGCCUAAGCUCAAAAUCAACACAACACUCCGAGAGGUUGUGAAUCAUUUUAAGGGGAUACAAGUCAGAGACAGAGAUGAGUCCCCUGCUGCGCCUGGAUAAGUGGCCUGUGAUGUCUGCACUGUGACGAAGCUCAAGGCCCUGAAGUCCUGCAUGGAGUGUCUGACCUCUUUCUGUGAGACUCAUCUGCAGCCUCAUCAGAUAGCCCCAGCCCUGAAGAGGCACAAGCUGAUCAACCCUGUGAAGAACCUGGAAGACAGGAUGUGCAAGAAGCACAAGAAACCCCUGGAGCUGUUCUGUAGGACUGAACAAAUGUGUGUGUGUCAGGUCUGCACUGUGACAGACCACAAGGGUCAUCACACCGUCCCUCUGAAGAAGGAGUUCGGAGAGAAGAAAGCUGAGUUGGGAAGGACAAAGAAUCAAAUGCAGCAGAUGAUCCAGAAGUGCCUACAGAAGGUUAAAGAGAUCAAACACUCAGCGGAGCUCAGCAACAGAGAUGCAGAGAGAGAGAGAGAAGAAAGCGAACAGGUCUUCACCACUCUAGUCCGCUCCAUGCAGAGAAGCCAGGCUGAGGUGUCUAAGAUGAUUGGAGAGAAGCAGAAAGCAACCAUGCGGCAGGCUGAGAGCCUCAUUAAAGAGCUGGAGCAGGAAAUCACUGAGCUACAGAGGAGAUGCUCAGAGCUGGAUCAGCUCUCACACACUAAGGAUCAUCUCCACCUCCUCCAAAGCUCGCCAUCCCUGUGCCCCCCUACAUCUACCAAGGACUGGCCUGAUGUCAGUAUAACCCAGAACGAGAGUAAGUGGAAUGUGCAGAAAGACAUAUCCCAGCUGGAUAAAAAGGUGAGGAGAGCACUUUCUGAACUUGAGGAGAAAUUGAAUAAUGUAUUGGAGAAGUCAAAGGGUGAUGACCUGAAGAGGAUGCAGCAGUAUGCAGUGGAUGUCACUAUGGACCCUGAUACAGCACAUCCCCUUAUCAUUGUAUCUGGCAAUGGGAAACUAGUGAGAACAGGUCACUUGGAACAGAACCACUUCUACAACCUAAAGAGGUUUAGAAGUCGUGUAGCUGUUUUGGCAAAGGAGGGCUUCUCCUCGGGGAGAUUCUACUAUGAGGUGCAGGUGAAGGGGAAGACUGGGUGGAAUGUAGGAGUGGCCAAAGAGUCGAUUAAUAGAAAGAUAGGUGGAUUAUACCCAGAGCAAGGAUUCUGGACCGUGUGGUUGUCUUUUCAGGUUGACUAUGAGGCCUGCACAGACCCCCAUACCCCCCUCUCACUGAAGAGCAAGCCGGAGAAGUUGGGGGUGUUUGUGGAUUAUGAGGAGGGUCAAGUCUCCUUCUAUGACGUGGACACCAGGUCUCAUAUCUUCUCUUUCACCGGCUGCACCUUCACAGAGAAGCUCUAUCCAUACUUGAACCCCUUUGAUGAUUAUGAUGGCUCAAAUUCAGCACCAAUGAUCAUCACCCCUGUUAACCAGACACCCUGAGGGUGACAUUGUGACAGUGCUAAAAUGGGGGCAUUUGUAAUACUGAUUCAAAUGGUAAUUUAAAGUAACCCAUAACCUUUUAGGACACAUACAUAAUAUUUGUAUUACUUUGAUCAGACCUACUAACCUGCUUGUAUUUAAUACAUUUUUGUCAGCUGACAUUGUUUGACGGUGAAAUGUAUUAAAACCCGUCUGCAAAACAUAUUUUAAGUAAAGCUUUCAUUGGAUUGGAUUUGGUUUCCUGAUCUAAUGGAAACACAGUGACCAUUGCGAAACUGACUUAUAGUGAACUCGGUAGGUGAGAACUAACCCCAAUAGCAGAAAUGUGUAUUUGAGUAUCUGGUAUUAAAAGGUCCAAUGCA